AUGCGUGAAGUCAUUUCUCUUCAUGUUGGUCAGGCUGGCGUUCAGAUUGGCAAUGCUUGCUGGGAGUUAUACACCCUAGAACACGGCUUGAGCCCCGACGGCCGCGUCCUUGAUGAAGCUCACAAGACUGACGCCGGGUUCUCCACGUUCUUCUCCGAGACUGCCGUGGAUGAGGUCAAGACCGGUCCUUACAGGUCCCUGUUCCACCCCGAGACCAUGAUCACGGGCAAGGAGGACGCAGCAAAUAAUUAUGCUCGUGGUCAUUACACAGUCGGAAAAGAAUUGAUAGACCCAGUGAUGGAUAAGAUUCGUCGCUUGGCUGACAACUGUUCAGGACUGCAAGGAUUCUUCGUGUUUCACUCGUUUGGCGGCGGCACUGGGUCGGGAUUCGGCGCUCUCUUGUUGGAACGACUUUCUACGGAUUAUGGCAAAAAGUCCAAGCUUGAGUUUUGUGUCUACCCUGCACCACAAUUGUCGAGUUCGAUAGUUGAACCCUACAACUCGAUUCUGACCACCCAUACGACUCUUGAACAUUCUGAUUGUUCGUUUAUGGUUGACAACGAGGCUAUCUAUGAUAUCUGCAAGAAAAAUCUUGGUGUCUCUCAGCCCGGCUUCACCAAUCUUAAUCGCUUGAUUGCUCAAGUUGUCUCGUCGAUCACUGCUUCGCUUCGCUUCGAUGGUUCAUUGAACGUCGACCUUAACGAGUUCCAAACCAACCUUGUUCCCUUUCCUCGUAUCCAUUUCCCAUUAGCAACAUAUGCCCCACUUCUGUCCGCCGAGAAGGCGACUCACGAACAAAACUCUGUCAGCGAAAUGACCUUCUCUUGCUUUGAGACUGGGCACCAGAUGGUGAAAUGCGACCCCAAAGACGGAAAAUACAUGGCCUGCGCUCUGCUUUAUCGUGGCGAUGUCGUACCGAAGGAUGUUCAGGCUGCUGUCGCCAGCAUCAAGACCAAGCGAACCAUCCAGUUCGUCGAUUGGUGCCCGACUGGCUUCAAGCUGGGCAUUUGCAAUGAGCCUGCUGCUGCUGUCCCAGGGGGUGACCUUGCCAAGAAUACUCGCAGUCUCUGCAUGCUUUCAAACACGACGGCCAUCUCUGUUGCUUGGAGCCGGCUAGAUUACAAAUUUGAUCUGAUGUACUCUAAGCGCGCAUUCGUUCACUGGUAUGUCGGUGAGGGUAUGGAGGAGGGCGAGUUCUCAGAGGCCCGUGAGGAUUUGGCAGCGCUGGAGAAGGACUACGAGGAAGUUGGUACCGACUCUGCCGAUGUUGAAGAGGAGGGCGAAUAUUAG